CUAGCAAGUUUGCAACCGGACGUGCCAAGGAAGAGCUUGUUCUGUAUGCAGCCAAUUCCAGCCGAAUAUUCACCUAUGGAAAGCGGACUCUCGAGCUGGACCUUUCGCUGCGCAGACCCUUCACUUGGCAAUUCACAGUAGCAGAUGUGGCAACAGCCAUAAUCGGUGCAGACUUGCUAAGCUACUACAAUCUACUAAUAGACCUGAAAGGCAAAAGACUAAUUGAUUCAACGACAGGCUUAGCCUCUGAUGGCAAAGUGCUGAAGACCCAGAACAUUAACAUUUCCACAAUUAACCCACAGGAACCAUUCAGAAACCUGCUCAAUAAAUAUAUAACAAUUACGAAAACACAACAGGCAUUAACAAUAAAACCAUCUCCUUUUGCCCACAGAAUUCCCACAACAGGUCCACCAGUUGCUGCCCGGUUCAGGAAGAUUUUUGGUGAAAAAGCAUCAGCUGCAAAAGCCGAGAUACAAAAUCUCCUGAACAGGGGCAUUUUGAGACCUUCAAGCAGUCCGUGGGCAAGUCCUAUACAUAUGGUGUCAAAAAGGAUGGAUCUUAUAGACUCUGUGGUGACUAUAGAAAACUUAAUAAGUGAUCUAGAUUAUCACUUUCACAUAUUAAUACAGUUUGUAAAAAAUUAA